CAGUAGCGGUCGGGCACAGCAGCAGGAGGAGGAGGAGGGCUUGGAGAGUUGGAGAGGAAGAACACGGACUGAAAAGUCAAACAGCGUAAACCUCGUUCAACUCUGAACGUCAGACUCCUGUGAACGUGCGUGAUCAGCGGAACCCGCUAGGAAGCCACUUCCACAGCCUUGUAGUCCGGAAAAUACGCAGUCCAAAAAGCCGAAGAAAAAGCUUCAAGUCAACCCUGUGAUGCCCGCUGACAUCUUGAAUGACGAGGUCCAAAUGAACCCCAUGGUUUGCUUCUGGGAAAAAAAGCCCAACGCAACGACUUUUUCAAGGACAUUUUUACACAGAACUGCUUUGUCAAGAUGCACCACUACAACCCUAACGGAAAAAGACGGCGACAUUACAACAUUUCUACGACAGAAAAGGCGUGCUUAAAGCAAGAUUCAUAAGCUUGGACCAUGGUGCCCCUUUUAAUGGACCUCAAUCUGCAGGCCAGAGUUCAUUAAGCCGCAUCACUUUGCACCACAUCAUCAUUUGACUGAAUCACCAUUCACCUAUCCAUCAUCUCUAUUGGAUUUGCUUUGCUGCCAGGGAAGAGAAGCCAUCUAAGGUGCUAUAAGUUAAUAGGUGGGCUCACCUUGGGAGAGAAGACUAUCAGAGGUGCCUCUCUGACUCGGCCAAGCAGCAUUCUCCAGCUUCCCUGAGCUUUGGGCCAACCUUCAGGGUGUUGAAUGUCACCAUCUGUUGACGACCUGCCGGCUUCACGUCGCUACAGGAACUGAAGGAGGGGGGUUGGUUGACGGCGGGCCCGUGAGGACCGCGCUUGAUUGCACAGACACAACUCCGUCAAACUCUGACCUCCGGUCCGUCACUGAAAGAUGUCCGUGUGCAACAUAAACAACAAUAACAGUUCCUGUUGGUUCACGAAGGAGAAGCAGCCUGGAGGUAACACCAACACAAGUCAGCUCCCAAGCCAAUGGGCGGCUGGCGUCCCCCCUCAUCCUCGGCGACAUCCACCCAGCGAGGAGCGGACGUGCGCGGCGCAGUUGCGGUGUGCGGCCGACGCAGGUUGCUCUCUAUCGGAUACUCUCUCUUCCAGCCACCGGGGCUCGAAAGCAGCGCCGUCAACCACCACCCAGCACCACCGCCGCCACACCAGGUGUGCCGAGACUCUCCCUGCUUGUCUCCAGCAUGAAGACCGAGUCGUCACUCUGACCCGCGGACUGCCAGAGACCGGAGGACCGCGGCCGCACCGAGACCCUCAAGGCCUCGUUGCCAUGGAGAGAGUGUGCGUGCUGGUGGCGCUGUGGGCCGCCGUCGCCCAGCUGGGCUCGCCGGCCACGGGGCUGAGACCCCCGAGAAGGACUGCAGUGGGGCACAAGGGGUCCUCGGGCCUGACGGGGCAGGACGCCAACGGGGUGCCGCUCAGGCGCUCCAAGCGAGGGUGGAUGUGGAACCAGUUCUUCUUGUUGGAGGAGUACACGGGAACUGACAUGCAGUAUGUCGGCAAGCUCCACUCCGACUCCGACCGCGGGGACGACAGCGUGCGCUACGUGCUGACGGGCGACGGCGCCGGCUUGAUUUUCAAGAUCGACGAGAAGUCGGGUGACAUCCACGCCACCAAGCGCCUGGACCGCGAGGACAAGGCCUACUACGUGCUGCGCGCCAAGGCCGUCAACCGCUUCACCAACGUGGCGCUGGAGGGCGAGUCGGAGUUCAUCAUCAAGAUCCACGACAUCAACGACAACGAGCCGCGCUUCACCAAAGACCCUUACCUGGCCAGGGUGCCCGAGAUGGCCGACAUCGGUACGUCGGUCAUCCAGGUGACGGCCUUAGACGCAGACGACGCCACCUACGGGAACAGCGCCAAGGUGGUCUACAGCAUCCUGGAGGGCCAGCCGUACUUCUCUGUGGACCCAGAAACUGGCGUGAUCAAGACAGCCCUGCCCGGCAUGGACCGGGAGGUCAAGGAGAACUACCAGGUGGUCAUCCAGGCUAAGGACAUGGCGGGACAGAUGGGGGGUCUGUCGGGGACCACCACCGUCAGCAUCACGCUCUCCGACAUCAACGACAACCCGCCGCGCUUCACCAAGACGCUCUAUGAGUUCAAGGUGCCCGAGUCCACCGCGGUGGGCUCGGCGGUGGGAGUCAUCCGGGCCGUGGACAACGACAUCGGCGAGAACGCGGACAUGGACUACAGGAUCAUCGGCAGCGACGGGCCCGGAAUGUUCGACAUGUCCACCAACAGGAGCUCACAGGAGGGCGUCAUCGUGCUCAGGAAGCCGCUGGACUUCGAGAGGAAGCGUCAGUACGGCCUGCGCGUGCAGGUGGACAACGUCCACCUCAUCCCGCGCUUCUUCUCCGCGGGGCCCUUCAGGGACGAGGCGUCCAUCAAGAUCACGGUGGAGGACGUGGACGAGCCGCCCGUGUUCGAGCGAGCCAACUACGCCAUGGAAGUCAAAGAGGACGCCGCGGCCAACACCGUCAUCAGCUCGGUCAGCGCCUCCGACCCGGACGUCAAACGCAGCCCUGUCAGAUAUUCCAUCGACCGACGCACCGACAUGGACCGUGUGUUCGAUGUCCACGCCACCAACGGCUCGGUGUUUCUGCUCAAAGAGUUGGACCGCGAGGAGAACGCUUGGCACAACAUUUCUGUCAUCGCCUCCGAGUUCAACAACCAGAACCAGAACAGCCGCGUCCCCGUCCACAUCCGAGUGAUGGACGUCAACGACAACGCACCAACUUUCGCCACCAACUACGAGACGUUUGUGUGUGAGAACGCUAAAGCCAAUCAGAGGAUCCAAACGGUGAGCGCCACUGACCCGGACGAGCCUCUUGGAGGACAUCGCUUUUUCUUCAGUCUGGCCCAGGAGAACGCCGGCAAGGCCAACUUCUCCGUCCGCGACAACCGAGACAACACGGCGUGGAUCCUGACGCGGAGGAACAGCUACAGCAGCCUCCUGAAGAGCGUCUACCACGUGCCCGUGGUCAUCUCGGACGGCGGCAUGCCCGUACGCAGCAGCACCAACACGCUCACCGUCAGGGUGUGCACGUGCGACCGCGAGGGCAACAUGAAGCUGUGCAACGCCGAGGCGCUGACGGCCAGGGCGGGGCUGAGCACGGGGGCGCUGGUGGCCAUCUUGCUGUGCGUCAUGAUCCUGCUGAUGAUCGUGGUUUUGUUCGCCGCCCUGAGGAGGCAACGCAAGAAGGAGCCCCUGAUCAUCUCCAAAGAGGACGUGCGGGACAACGUGGUCAGCUACAACGACGAGGGCGGCGGCGAGGAGGACACCCAGGCCUUCGACAUCGGCACGCUGCGCAACCCCGAGGCCAUCGAGGACGCCAAGCAGCGGCGGGACAUCCUCCCCGAGGUCUACUACCCACCGGCCAGGCGGCCCGCGCCCCCUUCGGCCCGGGACAACAACAACGGCGACGUGAGGGACUUCAUCAACCAGAGGAUCCAGGACAACGACGGCGACGCCACUGCUCCGCCGUACGACUCGCUGGCCACGUACGCCUACGAGGGCAGCGGCUCCGUGGCCGAGUCGCUCAGCUCGCUGGAGUCGGCCACCACCGAGGGCGAGCAGGACUACAACUACCUGAGCGAGUGGGGGCCGCGCUUUAAGAAACUGGCUGACAUGUACGGCGCCGACGACAGCGACAGAGAUUCCUAACGGGCGGCGACUUUCUGUGCCAGGGCGAACGCACAAGAUGGCGGAUGGACACCCUGAGGGUAGGCGUCAUGUGGCCCGUCACGUGGUAGUUAGGGCAAAGGGACCUCUGUGUGGUGUUAGGCCACGCCCGCCGGAAUAUAUCUAACUGUUUUUUUUUUUCUUCUUUGUUUUUAUUGUGCCGCUGCUGCCUGUGACGAACACGCUGGCGCAGUUGUGUACUUUUUGUGCGACAAACAUCACGCUGCAUAUUGUGAUCUUUAGCUUGUGUACGUUCAUGAUCAAAAACACUGUACAGACAUCUUCACCUCAGCACUCACAGCGCCCCCCGGCUGUGCUCAAGGUAAUGGCGGACAGGAAAACCAAUGCUGGGAACAGACUUUAGUGAAUUUGUUCAAAGGAAGUCUCUUUAGGACGACGGAGGACAUAACGCGACACCUCAAAUAUUUGCUGCCGCGACAUCGCCGAGGAUUUUUCUUUUUGCUGCGCAUCUCUGUCUUUAUUCACCCCCUCUGACGCAAACAUGGUGGCGCUGUCCUGGUAGAUGUUGGUUGUCGAUGUGUAGACGCCGUGGGCCGUUGGUGACAAAUGUGGAGUUCUGUGAGCGUAGGCAAAUAUAUUAAAAAAAACAAAACAUGUUUGGGGGGUUGUCUGACUGUCCCGUUACUUCUGCUUUGUACAAGGUGACAUUUUGUACGGAAUAUUUAUAUGACGCGAUUAAAUAUCUUCA